AUGUUUUGACGACAAGAGGUGGUCAUUGUACUAAUGCUCGGACUUAACUACAUAGUAAAUACAAUUAAGAUCGUGUUAUUCUAUUUGAGAUCGUCGAUCGUACAUGCCAGUUUUUUAAUCCAAAAUACACAUACCGUCGUCUUCAAAAUAUACAGAUAGGUCAUACACUACUUUUGGAAUAAGGUGCGUUGAUCUCGCGUGGAGAAUAUCACUGGGCAUGAUCAUUACCAAAUCAAUCAAUAAUUGAUGAUAAAACAAUGAAGUGGAUUGUAUGAGGUUGGGUAAGGAAAUUAUGUGAUUCCAUUGGCAAGAUGCCGCCAAAACAACAAGUAGCUCCUCAACCAGCGGCUCCCAGACCACCGCGAGCACAGAGACCCCCUCCACCGGACAGGGAUGUUAAUAAACUCAACGCCCAUCUCAAGAUUCGGUAUACCGACACUCUUGCUGAGCCCAACGGAACACAUAGUAUUGGAUGUAUAUGGGACUUCGCCUCCAUUGCCUACUCGUGCUGCCGUGACCUACAUUACUGCCUCCUAAGUACAUUUCUCGGCGUGUGGAUAGCGGGAUUUUGGGGGUGCCAGUUUGGAUUCAUUGCUUUCGAACAUGUGUGGUACAUUUCACCAUUUAUGAAAUGCAUAAAAAUAACUUUUAAAGAGGCAUUUCAAAUAUGUUGUAACAUGACGUGUAGAUGCUGUAUCUACCCCUGGACUCGUGCGUGUUCAUACUUUUUCGUAGCUUUUAAAUCUGAUGGCGUUGACUAUGACGCGAUAGACAAUCCGCCCGUUCUACAGAGGGUAAAGAAAGUCCGGAUUGUACAAGAGGAACCCUCAUCAGUUAAUGUCGUCCCUAAAGAUAAAAAUAAUGAGGAGUUACUGACAAACAUGUUUCUAGGGGACAAAGAAAAAAUGCGUCGAUCUGUAAACAGACAGCUCAUGCUAUAGCCUGUUUCAAUUGUUUCUCAUUAUUAAUACAAUUCAAACAAUUUAAUGUC